AUGUCCUUCUUGCAGCUCGAAGGCCUCCAUGUCUUUGUGACGGGGGCGGCGGGAGGGAUUGGGUCAAGCAUAGUAACCGAAUUCCUGGCGCAAGGAUGCAGUGUAACUGGCCAUGAUCUGAGACAGAACACGGCUUUGGCGCCGUCGCCUCGACUUCAUGUUGUACAAGGCGACAUCUCUGACGAGAGCUCGAUCGAGAAAUGCAUGACUGAUGCCCGCGAACGCUUCGGCCCAAUCCACAUACUGGCGGCAAAUGCUGGAAUUACCGACGAGUCAAAUGAGUAUCCUAUAUGGGAGAUGCCGGCAGAGCUCUGGGAUAGGACCUACGCCGUAAAUGUUCGUGGUACAUUUCUCACUAUCAAGCAUUUCCUUAGGUCCGCAGAUAUCUGCCAGAAGGAGGCAAAGGCUGAGCUACCAAAUCUAGCUAUUGUGGUAACCGGGAGCGAAUGUGGUAAGUUUGGGCAAGCUGGUCAUGUAGAGUAUGCAUCCGGAAAGGCUGGACUACAGUACGGACUGGUCCGUAGCGUCAAGAACGAGAUCGUAAGACUCAAUUCGGCCGCAAGAAUCAAUGCUGUGGCUCCAGGUUGGGUUGACACGCCCUUGAUUGAAGGGCGCUUGGAUGACCCUAAAGAGAUGUAUCGAGAGGCCCAAGCAACUGUGCCACUCCAGAAGAUUGCAAAGCCAACAGAUGUGGCCCGCACAGUAGCUUUUUUGGCGUCUCAUAGAGCAGCAGGCCACAUAAGUGGCCAGUGCAUAUCCGUGGACGGAGGCAUGGAAGGAAGAAUCGUCUGGUCUGAAUCUGAGAUUGGCCAGAGAACGGAAGACGUGCAAUUAGCACGGCCGAUUAUCACCGAAGCUACAUCGAGCAUUCCCAUACCGCUAGUGUCGGCGCAGAAAUCUAGGCCAUCGAUUAAAAUUGCCGUAUCAAUCGACUUCGAUGCGGUUUCUGGAUGGCUUGGCACCGGCACUUCUCUUGAGAACAAUCUCUCGGACUAUAGCUCAGGCUUUUUCUCAGCUCUCGUAGGAGUUCCAAGGCUGCUGAAACUGUUUAAACGACUGGGAAUAGCCGAUAAGACUACCUGGUUCGUUCCCAUGCAUUCUGCAGAGAGCUUUCCAGAGCAGUUUAAAGCAAUCCUGGAUUCUGGAUGUGAAUUAGGAUUACACGGAUAUUGCCACGAGGGAGCUCCGCAACUGACGCCAGACCAAGAGCGCGAUGUUCUCGAGCACUGCAUCGCUAUCGCCACAAAACUCUCGGGAAGGAAACCACGCGGCUACCGCGCACCACUGUAUCAGCUUCGAGAGACCACCAUUGACUUACUUGAAGAGCACGGCUUUUUGUACGACUCCUCGCUCUCGCAUCACGAUAGCAAGCCUUACCAUAUACCGCGCCUGCCACCCAUAACGCAACCCAGCUUCACGCCAGAAGCCAGUGCCAGAGAGUGGAUGCAUCCACUGUCUCAACCCGAGUCACCAACAUCCACGACGUUGGUAGAGGUUCCAGGAUCGUGGUACGUGGAGGACAUGACGCCGCUGCAAUUCUGGCCCCACACGCCUAAUUCUCAGGGCUAUGUGGAUGUUCGAUUAAUCGAGCGUAUGUGGAUGGAUCGCUUUGAAUUCCUGCGUGGCGAGCUAGCAGAACAAGAUGGAGAUGAGUUGAUAGUGUUCCCGCUCGUUUUGCACCCAGAUACGAGUGGUAUGGCCCAUGUAAUCGGUAUGAUUGAACGAAUAUUGAAUUGGCUACAAGGAUGGGAAGAUGAGGUGGAGUUCAUGACCUUCGAGACAAUUGCAGAGAUUUGGAAGAAGGGCGAAAGAAAUAAGAUAUAG